UAUGGGGGUACAAUGGUUUCCCGCUCCUCUUGCAGGUGAUGUUGGCGGAGAGGAAAGGCAGCGAUGAACUUUACGCCAUAAAGAUCCUGAAGAAGGACGUUGUGAUCCAGGAUGACGAUGUGGAAUGUACCAUGGUGGAGAAGAGAGUGCUAGCUCUUCAGGACAAGCCGCCCUUCCUGACCCAACUGCACUCCUGCUUCCAGACAGUGGACCGCUUGUACUUUGUGAUGGAAUAUGUGAAUGGAGGAGACCUCAUGUACCACAUCCAGCAAAUCGGGAAGUUCAAGGAGCCCCAAGCAGUGUUCUACGCGGCGGAGAUAUCGGUGGGAUUGUUCUUCCUGCACAAGAAAGGGAUUGUCUACAGGGAUCUGAAGUUGGAUAACGUCAUGUUGGACGCGGAAGGUCACAUAAAGAUCGCGGAUUUCGGAAUGUGUAAGGAGCACAUGGUGGACGGCGUGACAACCCGGACUUUCUGUGGGACCCCGGACUACAUCGCCCCCGAGGUAAGC